AUGGUUGGAGUAGUGGGAGGCCUGCUGAGCCCCUGGCAGCAGUUCCGGGACAGGUUUGACGGUGAGAACAUGUAUAUGAGCAUGACAGAGCCGAGCCAGGACUAUGUGCCAGCCAGCCAGUCCUACCCUGGUCCAAGUCUGGAAAGUGAAGACUUUAACAUUCCACCCAUCACACCUCCUUCUCUCCCUGACCACUCUCUGGUGCACCUGAAUGAGGUGGAGUCUGGGUACCACUCUCUGUGUCACCCCAUGAACCACAAUGGCCUGCUACCGUUCCAUCCACAAAACAUGGACCUGCCAGAGAUCACCGUGUCCAACAUGCUAGGCCAGGAUGGCACACUGCUCUCCAACUCCAUCUCUGUGAUGCAAGAUAUGGGGAAUACUGAAGGAGCUCAGUACGGCUCCCAUCCUCAGAUGGCAGCCAUGAGGCCGAGAGGCCAGCCUACAGAUAUCAGACAGCAGGCAAGCAUGAUGCAACAUGGCCAGCUGACUACCAUCAACCAGUCCCAGUUGAGCGCACAGUUGGGUUUGAACAUGGGAGGAAGCAACGUGCCUCACAACUCCCCUUCUCCCCCUGGGAGCAAGUCUGCAACCCCUUCACCUUCCAGCUCAGUGCAUGAAGAUGAGGGUGAUGACACCUCCAAGAUCAAUGGUGGAGAGAAGCGGCCUGCCUCUGAUAUGGGAAAAAAACCCAAAACUCCCAAAAAGAAGAAGAAGAAGGACCCCAAUGAAUCCUAGAAGCCUGUGUCAGCCUAUGCUUUGUUCUUUCGUGAUACUCAGGCUGCCAUCAAGGGCCAAAAUCCAAAUGCUACUUUUGGUGAAGUCUCUAAGAUUGUGGCUUCAAUGUGGGAUGGCCUUGGAGAAGAGCAGAAACAGGUUUAUAAGAAGAAAACCGAGGCUGCAAAGAAGGAGUACCUGAAACAGCUAGCAGCAUACAGAGCCAGCCUCGUAUCCAAGAGCUACAGUGAUCCUGUUGAUGUUAAGACAUCUCAGCCACCCCAGCUGGUCAACUCCAAGCCGUCAGUGUUCCAUGGGCCCAGUCAGGCCCACUCAGCCCUGUACCUCAGUUCUCACUAUCACCAACAACCAGGGAUGAAUCCUCACCUCACCGCCAUGCACCCAAGCCUCCCCAGAAACAUAGCACCCAAGCCGAAUAACCAAAUGCCAGUGACUGUCUCCAUAGCCAACAUGGCUGUGUCCCCACCACCGCCCCUCCAGAUCAGCCCACCUCUUCACCAGCAUCUCAGCAUGCAGCAGCAUCAGCCGCUUGCCAUGCAGCAGCCCAUUGGGAGCCAGCUCCCCAUACAGGUCCAGUCUGCCUUACAUUCACCCACCAUGCAGCAAGUAAAUAGCAAGGAGCCUGCAGAUUUGAGGGACUGGAAGCUCUUGUCAAUGGACUUUUCUAAAGACAAGACGGAAGAGAUGGCGCCAACAGAUGGGAUGCAGUACACUCUCAACCGUUUGUUGGGUCCACUAUUCACAUCAUGA